UGAUCAAAGUGCACUCUGCACAUGCUAGGUAUACUACAGCUGUCCACUAAGCUCGUAAGGAGGCAGCUUGCAAGCCAGUUGUAAGACCGCAAACCCUAACCUUGUCAACCUAGCUCAUUAAUCAAGCGCCCAUGGCGCGAUCUAGAUCGGUGUUGCUGCUUAUGGUAGCAACAGCUGCACUUAUCAUACCGCUACGGUUGUCGAGCGCUGGAGAGGUGCAUCGCGUGCAGUUGAAAAAGCGGUCCCCGUCCAUUGAUGGCAGGCCUAGACCGUAUCUGGGAGCCCUUUUGGGCGCCGAUGGCGAUGUGCCGCUGCACAACUUCAUGGACGCACAGUACUAUGGAGAGAUUUCGCUUGGAACGCCAAAACAAUACUUCCAAGUCAUAUUUGACACUGGAAGCGCCAACUUGUGGGUGCCAUCCUCGAAGUGCGCGCUCUUCAACAUCGCUUGCCGUCUGCACCGGAAGUACAAUUCUGCCAGAUCCAGUACCUAUAAGCCCAACGGUACGGAAUUCUCGAUCCAGUACGGCACCGGAUCUCUGGACGGCUUCAUCAGCCAGGACGUGCUGGGCUGGGGCGGGCUGGAGGUGGUCGACCAGGGCUUUGCGGAGGCAGUCAACGAGCCGGGGCUCACCUUCGUAGCCGCCAAGUUUGAUGGCAUUCUGGGCAUGGGCUUUCCCGCCAUCUCCGUUAAGGGCGUGGUGCCACCCUUCACCCGCCUGGUGGAGGACGGCGCCCUGGCCGCCCCGCUCUUCUCCUUCUGGCUCAACCGCGACCCUGAUGCGCCCGUGGGGGGAGAGCUGGUGCUGGGAGGGGUGGAUCCGGCGCACUUCACCGGGGACCACACAUGGGUGGAUGUGACGCGGCGGGGCUACUGGCAGUUCCAAAUGGACGGCAUCGCAGUGGGGUCCAAGCAGCUGUGUGCCGAGGGAUGUGCCGCCAUUGCCGACACCGGCACCUCCCUCAUUGCGGGCCCCGAGGAGGAGGUAGCUCAGCUCAACGCCGCCAUCGGCGCCACCUCGGCGCUGUCCGCGCAGUGCCGCCAGCUGGUCCGUGACUACCUGCCGCAGAUCCUGGCGGCCCUGCAGCACAUGCCGCUAGACCAGGUGUGCGCCAGCAUCGGACUGUGCUCCUCCUCUAAUCCUGGAGCUAAUAACCAGGAGGCCAGGCAGAAGGAGCAGCAGGAUGUGGUGUUGCACAGCAGCCGGCGGCUGCUUGCCAGGGAGCAGCAACAGCAAGCGCUGCAUGAGGUUCGUGCAAGCAGCAAGGAUGCAGGUUUCGCUGCUGCUGCGGCGCUGAAGGCGAGGCUGGAGGAGGUGGUGAAUGCUCGUGGAGGCUUGGGAGCCGCCCUGGGCAGCAGCAACAACAACAAGGAGGAGAAGGUCCAGAUGCAGCAGCCGGGUGUGGGUGCGGGUGUGGGUGACAGCAUGGUGUGCAGCUUCUGCCAGACGGCAGUGGCGUAUAUCCGCAUCGCGCUGGCCUCCAACUCCACCAUUGAGCAGAUCGCGGAGGCGGUGGGGACGCUGUGCGACCAGAUCUCCUUCGGCGGUCCCUCCGUGGUGGACUGCGCCAGCCUGCCCACGCUGCCCACCCUGACCCUCCGCAUCGGCGGCCGCUCCUUCCCGCUCUCCCCGCGUCAGUACGUGCUGCGGGUGGACGCGGGCGGCGGCGAGGAGCAGUGCGUGAGCGGCUUCAUGGGACUGGACGUGCCGGCGGGUCCGCUGUGGAUCCUGGGGGAUAUCUUUCUGGGCGCAUACCACACGGUGUUUGAUUACGGGGGCAACCGUGUGGGCUUUGCCACGGCGGCGUGAGGAGGUGGUGUGAGGAGAGGGGAAUGAGACGGGCGGGCUUUGUAAUGCUGAUGGGUAAUCUAGCUAUAUGGCAUGGUGUUGGGAUGUGCGGAACUGGGGCUGUAACGGGUGAAUGGAGUUAGGAUGCAGGUUUUGAGUCCCUGUUGUGUGACACCCGUCAGUUGAGGGUCGCUGCGAUGGGGAGAAAGGAGGCGUUGAUCCGGACAAUUGCGGUUGUGCGCUGUUGUACAAAAGCAGGUUGUGCAAUGUAUGCUAGGCCAUUAGUCACCAG